AUGCCCCAGGCUAUGGAGGCUUCUACUUCUUUGAUGCCCCCUACCCCAAGGGGCAUUUCAGAAGAUCUCCUGGGUGAGGUUGUUAGGGAAGACCUGUGCCUCCAUGAUGAUGAGAUAAUGCAUAUACCCCUUCGGAAAGAGGCAAUAUCAUUGGUACCAUACCUGCUACAUAAGUAUUCUUCAAAUGAGUCAGUUUCUGACACGGAUAUGCUGAGUCACAUCAAGAGAGAUUACCGGCGUUACUUCCCUCUCAUCAUAGACAAAGCUUCAGUAUUUAUGCAACUACUGUUUGGCAUUGAACUGAAGGAGGUAGACCCCAUUCUACACACCCAUGUCCUUGUUAUAGUGGCAGGGAUCACUUACGAUGGUGCUCUUAGUGAUGUGCAAGGCAUGCCCAAGACAGGCCUGCUGAUAAUCGUGCUAUGCAUUAUCUUCAUGGAAGGCAAUUGUGCCACAGAGGAUGCCAUCUGGCAUGUUCUUAAUGAGAUGGAAGUCUAUUCUGACAGGGAACAUUUCCUUUAUGGAAAACCUAGGAAGCUGCUUGUGGAAGAUUUUGUGUUUGAGCAAUACCUGAAAUAUGAACAGGUUCCCGGAAGUGAUCCCAUUGCAUAUGAGUUCAGGUGGGGCCCAAGGGCCUAUACAGAAACCACAAAAAUGAAAGUUUUGGAACACUGGGCCAAGGUCAGUGGACUUGACCCAAUGGCCUUCCCAACACUAUAUGAAGAAGCUUUACAAGAAGACCAGGGAGCAAGUACCCAUGCUACUGCUUCUUUAAUAGAAGAGUGA